CAGGACACCGCAUCAAUUAGGCUGACCUUGCCUAUCUCAGCAAUCCUCGUAUAGUAUACGGUACCCUAAAGACAAACUAAACAAAUGGCAACGUAUUUGAUCACAGGCGCUUCUCGUGGUAUCGGCCUUUCACUGGUGGCUCUUUUGGCGUCCUUUCCUUCUUCACAAGUUGGAAAGGUGUUUGCCACCGCAAGGCAAGACAACUCACCUAAGCUUAGGGAAAUUAUAAAACAACAUCCCGGCCGAAUUCAAUUUGUCAAACUCGAUGUAACCGACAACGAGACCUUAAAACAGGCCACGGCACAAGUUGAGAGAGACUUGCACGGCAAGGGGCUCGAUAUUCUCAUUAACAAUGCAGGGGUGAUGCCAUGGACACCUGGUGGUGUGACCUCUAUGGAUGACCUCGGAGAAGUGUUCAAUGUGAAUGUCACUAGUGUUCAUAAUAUCACACGGGCCUUCCUACCGCUACUUAGAAAAGGGAAAACCAAAAAGAUUGUAAAUAUUUCGGGCAAUUAUAUGCAUCUGUUGACGCCAGCCUACAAAAUCACCAAAGCGGCAUUGAAUAUGUUGACAAUGCAGUAUGCACUUGAGCAUGGCAAGGAUGGGUUUAUCUUCAUUGCAGUUAGCCCAGGUUGGUUAAAGACGGAGCUGGGCGGCGAGGCAGCAGACCUCCCUGUUGAGGUCGGAGCCAGGGCAACCUUGAAUAUUGUACACAACAAGACCGAAAAGGAUAACGGUAAAUUCUUCAAUAUCCACGUUGAGGGAUGGGAGCAAAAAGAAGGCCCUAAUCAAUAUAAUGGGGCAGAAUUACCAUGGUAGUCGUAAUAUUUCUUUGGAUUUGACGUGAUUAU